UAUGGAAAAGUUGAGGCGAGAAACGGAAGAGGCAGAUACUCUCAAAAAGAAAAAGGAACUUGAUGAGAGUGAGCAUAAUCCAUCUUACGGAUAUGGAGGUAAAUUCGGAGUUGAGAAAGAUCGAAUGGAUCAGUCGGCAGUAGGGCAUGAAUAUGUUGGAAAAGUUGAAAAACAUGCCUCACAGAAAGACUAUUCCUCUGGAUUCGGAGGAAAGUAUGGAAUUCAGACUGAUAGAAUUGAUAAGAGUGCUCUAAGUUGGGAUCAUAAAGAGAAGAUUGAAAAACAUGCGUCACAGAAAGAUUAUGUUUCUGGUUUUGGAGGUAAAUUUGGUGUUCAAACUGACAGACAAGACAAAUCAGCUGUAGGAUGGGAUCAUAUGGAAAAAGUAGAAAAGCAUGAAUCGCAAAAAGACUACAAAACCGGCUUCGGGGGUAAAUUUGGCAUACAAUCUGAUAGGCAAGAUAAGUCAGCUUUAGGAUGGGAUCAUCAUGAAGCACCACAAAAACAUGAAAGCCAGCUUGAUCACAAAAAAGGUUUUGGUGGUAAGUUUGGAGUACAAACUGACAGAUUUGAUAAAUCUGCCGCUAACUUUGAUCCCCCUAAUAAAGUUGGAACAAAUUACACAAAAGUUAAACCUGACAUUGGUGGUGCUAAACCUUCAGAUUUGAGAGCUAAGUUUGAAACAAUGGCUCAAGAAACUAAGUCAGAUUCUACAGUGACAUCUUCACCAGCCCCUCGAAAAAAUAUCCAUGCCAAAGCCGCUUUGUUUUCAAACAUAAAAAAAGAGGAUCCAAUUUCUCCAUCCACCGAAAAGGUUCCUACACCAAAACAACUUGAUCAUUCAAAAACUGCCUUCCUAACUCAAUCUAGUCAACAAGAUGUAACUCCUGUUAGUGUUGAGAGCACUAAGUUGGAUAAGACAAAGACUGCAUUCCUGAUGCAGGCAAGUCAGGAACCAGUGGCGAACAAUGAAGAAACAGUUGCACCUAAGCAGUUAGACCAAACCAAAGUUGCUCAGUUUGAUGCUCAUAGUGAAGAGAGUGUGAUUGAAAAAGAAAAUAAUAUG